AUGUUAGAUCCAAGGGUGUUAAAAUUACUUCCAUUCGCUACUGAGGAUGAACGUAGAAAUACUGAAGCACAAAUUCGUGCAGAGUUAUCAAUAUUGGAAGCGCAAUUUAGACAGAACAAUGAUAAAAUAGAAGCUUGUAUUACUACAGAAGAAGAAGAAUACGAUUCGUUAAGUGCUGAAUUAUGGGCUGACGAAGUAUUUGAAAGAGCAAAUUGCUCAUAA